AACAGAAGGCGGAGUUUCAGUGUUGAUCUGAAUUUUCUAAUUGACAGGCGGUUUAACCGAGCUCAGUGCUACAAUAAAGCGUUUAAUGAAUUUAGCUCGCUCUCGGACGGCAGAUCUUCCACUGCGCCCCCUGCUGUAUGCGGCUGGAGCUGCAGCCGCGGCCGCAGGGGUUUAUUAUUAUAUUAAGAAACGUGGCGAUGGAGAGAGAACAGUGGAGCCCGCGGACACGACUCUCACCGAGGACCCAGUACAGACCCAGCUCCCUUUAGUAGAUUCUUUGCUGGAUCCAGGCUUGAUGUCUGAUAGGGAUGGUGUCAGUGUCACACAGACUGACAGAGCUGUCCCUCAGUCCGACAUGAUGGCACAGAUGAACACACUACGAGGCUCAGUGCAGCAGCUGGAGGAAGAGCUGUCUGAGACACACAGGCUCUUUGACAAGAUAACGAGGGAAAGGGAGCGAGAGCAAGAGGAACACAGUCUCCUGAAAUCUAAGUACAAUGAGAUGAGAGAAACUUUACAACAGCGCAAUGAGUUACUAAAGGAGUAUGAGCAAGAGCAGGAGGCUCACAGUAUCCUGAAUUCGUUGUGCGAUUGUAUGUCAAACAACGAAAAGUCACUAAAGGUCUCUCUGGCUGAAGCUGAGAAGAAAUAUGAGCAGGCGAUGGAGUCCAACGAUCAGCUAGAGAACGAGAAAUCGGACCUGUUGUCCCAGAUGAACAUACUGCAAAGCUCAGUGAAGCAGCUGGAGGAAGAGCUCACCGAGACCCAGAAAAUGCAUGUUGAGAUAACAAAUGACUAUGAGAUAUUACAGUGCGUUUACAAGUACAUGAUCUCUCGAUACAAUUCGAUGGAGUACCGCUUAAAUGAGAAAAUUGACUCACUAAGGGCCACUGUGGCUUUAGCUGAGAUGAAAUACCAGGAGGUGGUGGAGUCCAAUGAUAACCUAAAUAACAGGAACUCUGAGCUGAUUACGCAAGUGAACGAGAUGCAACGUGUAAUGAACGAGCUGGAACAACAGCAUGCCUCUGCACAGAGAACGUUUCAUGAGAUAACAAGGGAAAAUGAGCGAAAAGAUCAGGAGUUGAGGAAACUGUAUUCCACACAAAAAGACAUGCAGGACAUUGUAUUUAAGGAUUAUGAGGCAUUGUGUCAAACUCACACCACAAUGAUCUCACAGAACAACGAGCUGAAGGAACAGCAUGAAGAGUUACUAAAGGAGUGUGAGCGACAGCGGGAGGCUCACGAUAUCCUGAGGUCGCAAUAUGAGAAGAUGAAGGAUAAUUUAUCAGACAACGAGAAGUCACUAAUGGCCACUCUUGCUGAAGCUGUAGCAACACAUGAGCAGGCACUGGAGUCCAACGCUCAGCUGGAGAAGGAAAAGGUAGACCUGAUGUACCAUGUGCACAAACUGAGAGGCACAGUGCAGCAGCUGGAAGAAAUGCUCUAUGAGGCAAACAUAACGUGUAACAUGAUAAUGCAGGAUCUUGAGCGAGCAGGGGAUGCUUACAGUAUACUAAAGUCACAGUACGAAGACAUAUUAAAACAGCGUGAUUAAUUACUAAUGGAGAGGGAGCAACAGCAGGACGCUUACAGUAUCCUAAGCCACUGAUAGGCUAUGGAGGAGUUACCUUCUGGCCUGUAAGUACUGUUAGCUCUGAUUCUGUGAGGGAAAACAGAGGGGAGCACCACUUCAAUCCGUUAGCACUGGUGCAGCCGAAUAGGUGAAUCAAUGGAUGUUAUUCGUCAGGAGAGGAAGUAGCAAUUCUAGCUAGCAGUUCUCCAGGAAAGCUCAGUCAGAAAAUGGCAUGAAUCCUCUCAUCAUGGUGGGAGAAAAAAGAAAGUGAAGAGAGAAAUCUGGAGUCCAUCACAGUGUUGGAGGCCAGAAAACUGUGGCUCCGGCUGAACUCAGAAGCUGCAUAGGAUACAGUGGGAGAAAUAACUAUUGAACGCGUCAACAUUUUUUUCAGUAAAUAUAUUUCCUAUGAGGCUAUUCACAUGAAAUUUUCACCAGACAUUGGUAUUAACUCAAGAAAUCCAAACAUUAAAGUCUAUAAAUAAAGUUAUGUGUAAUAAAGAGGAAUGACACAGGAAAAAAAGUAUUGAACACGCUAACUGAAAUUUAUUUAAUACUGUAAUGAUAGCUUCAAGAUGCUUUCUGUAUGAAGAAAUUAAACGGCCGCAGUAUUCAGAUGUGAUUUUGGCCCAUUCUUCUAAACGUAUUGUCUUGAAAUCUUGUUCAAUUGGAUUCAAGUCAGGUGAUUGACUGGGUGAUUGACAGGUGAUUGACAUAAAACACACAUUUGCAAGCUGUAUGGCUGGUUCACAAAUAACUCAUAUCUUAAUACCAUGAUUACAUUUUUUUUGUUAUAUCCACAUUCCAGAAAGGUGUCCCAGUUAAUUCAUCACAAUUCUGAAUGUUUAGUUCAUUCAUUUCUAAUUAAUCUCUGUUAUGUGAUCUUUCCAUUCGUCUAUCCUAACUGCUCUGACUUCAUUUAGACCAUUUAAUUCUAUGUAGUUUAAAAGUUUAGAACAAAAAAAUUACAAGAAAGCCUAAUUUACUGUUGAUUUCAGCCAACAAAAUAAAUUUCACAAUAUCUUAGAUCCUUUUUAGUCACUUGCAUUCACAUUUCUUCAAAAGAGAUAUUUUAUCUACAUACUGGAACUUUUUAUCAGCCUGAACUUAAGGACAUCGCUAAUUUUUUUUUUUUACAAAGCAUUUUAUUCAUCCAAAUAUUCACAGUACACUGUAAAACCAAAACUUUCAGGGGGAACAAGCCUCUGAAUUCAUCCUCUUCUGGAAGACACUGGAUAAAAUGCACUGAGCAACAUGUUGAUGACACAUCUUAAUCUGCAUAAGAAGAACAUAAUGAUGAUGGUGAUUAUUCUUUAGGCAGAAGCUACCUGCAGAAUACUAAACCACUUUAACUGUGAUCUUUAAUGAAGCCACGUUUGAGUGUCCAUAUACAUUUUUGUCGAAUUUUGAACAGCAUAUCCAAAUACUUUUCAGGGCUACUGUAUAUGUAUAUGGUGUAUAUACAUAAUUUUUUUAUUGUAUUGCAAUGACAUUAAAUAUUUUUGAAUGCUAAAGUUGCAGUUGUUUGAGUUACACACACAAACAUAUUUUUUGCAAAAAGGUUAAGCAGAUCAUAUAGUAUAGUAAGGAAUAAUAAGUGGAAGUGGCUUUACUAAUCACAGAGUGUUUUCAACUUAAUUCAGUCUUAAAGCCAGUAAAGAUCUCAGUGUGAGGUAUUUACAUUACAUUACACGUCCACUUUCACAUUUUCUAGUCCCAUCAUGCCUUUCUCUGUUAGCCA